CGGGUUCUGAAACUGGUGGUGCUGCGGGUCUGCAGCUGGAUACUAUUGGCCGAACCGCGUCACAGCUCAUUACUAUAAUGUUGACUGCACUUGAACUUCCAUCUGACGCCCACGCCGCCCAAGACUCGCCGCGCCGCUUCUCGCCGUCGAGCUGGCUGUCAUUGAAAAUGAAUGACUUCCGGUCGAUUUGACGCUCUCGCCGCCUCUGGUGUGAACGUACGGUUAGGGUGGAGUUAUUACUUUAAGCAGAUCUCAGAGUUUUACCACCACUAAGAAACUGAUGCUCACCGUGUGCCUGUUAUUCUUCGGACAUGUGUGUUUACAAACUGGUCGUUUGCCUGUACGGUUUCACGAGCAUUGUUGCGUCAGAAGGCUGGCUGCUGCGCAGGAAACGCGAAACCUGUGAGAAUGGGGAAUACCAACAUGAGGGUAAAACCUGCUGCCGCUGUCCCAUCGGCUACCGGGUAUUAAGUGACUGCACAGACAAAACCAUCACAAAGUGUGAACGUUGUGAUUCUAGAUCAUUUAUGUCCCACACUAACCAAGAUCACUCUUGCCAGCCCUGUAAAAUUUGUAAUCUCAAUGCCAACAUGGAGAUGAAGAAGGACUGUUCGCCUUAUUCUGACACUGUCUGUGGGUGCCAGAAGGAUCAUUACUGUGACAUUGGUGACCUAUGCAUUUCCUGUUACUCCUGUGACACGUGUGAGACACGUGGAGGGGUGAAAACCAUGUGCACACCAACCAACAACACAGUGUGCCAUGAUACCCAAGGUUCUGAUAUUACAGGGAAGAUUAUAGCUCCCAUUUUGGUCUUUGGGCUCGUUGUGGUUUGUAUUGUGGUCUGUGUUCUAUGGAGGAAAAAAAAGUUUUGUUUUAAUGGCGAACAGACGAAUGAAGAUGAUGACCAACAGGAAACGGAGGCUUGCCUAAAAGAUGUGGACCUGAAUCCUUACCUGCCAGAAAUAGCCUCCGUUCUUGGCUGGAAAUUGAUGAAACAUAUUGCCCUGCACACUGGCAUGACUAAAGUUAAUAUUGAGGAACAUGAGCUUAACAACCCUGGAGAUGUGAAAGAACAGACCUAUGAUCUACUGGAGGCUUGGUCACAGAGACAGGGCUUAAAAGGAGCAUAUCCAACUCUCAUCAAAACUCUUUGUGACAUUGAGAAUAAGAAAACAGCUGAUCAGGUCCAAAAUAUCGUUAAGAAAGGACAAACAGCUCAGCCAAAGACUGAUCAACAAGUAUGAAGUAAAGUUAUUGCAAAAAGUUUAAAUACAACAUGCCUCAACCAAUGGCAUGAGCUUAGGGUCAGAAACAAUCUUCAUGUGUCAGAUAUGACUCCGACAGUUCAGCUAAGCAAGGUUUGUGUCACAUUAUAUUGUGGUUCCAGUGCACCUUUAGACGAGAAACCUUUUUUUUUUUUCUUUUUUUUUUUUCAGUGUAAAAUUAUCUUUAUUAUUCAAAAUGUUUCAAGCCUAU